AUGCUUCUCCUCGCACUCAUAACACUCCUCCCUCUCAUCACCGCGUCGCCUACUCCCCGCGCGUUCAUUCCGCCCGGGGCGUCACUCGUCUCCAUCCAUCCCCGGACGCAUGCCGACCAGUGCCUCGACGUUGCGGGUGGUGUGGCGAACAUGCAUAAUGUCGUGAUCGCACCCUGCUCCAACGCACAGUCGCAGCAGUGGUACGUCCUCAAAGACUCGCCGACGUACAUCCUCAGCAGCGUCGAUCAUACCCUCUGCGUCGACGCGGGUACUAACCCCCUCGCGGGAUACCACCCCGGAAACGGUGGGAUUGCCAAGCUCAUGCUCUGUCCCUCCGAUAACUGGCCUAGUCCCUACGACUCACCCGACGGCCGCAAGUGGCGCUACAAUGCGCAGUUUACUCAGCUGAACACGAACUUCUGCCUCGACCUCGCGGAUGGCAGUGUUACCGGCAAGGUGCAGAUCUGGGACUGCCAUGAUCAGUGUCACCCGGAUUACAAGAACCAGGUGUGGGACUUUACGUACCACUAG